AUGCCUUGGUGCAAUACUAGGUUAAGAACGUGUGGUGCCAGCCCAAAAAUUUUUCUAAGAAGGGUGAGAUGCCCAGUGCUACUUCACAACUGGACCAUAGGCAGAGUGUCUUCAGUGUCCAAAAUGAUCCUCAGGUUUCUGCGAAGCUACUCCAAAAGGGUGGAUAUCACUAGGGUUCGCAAUAUUGGCAUUAUUGCACACAUUGAUGCGGGAAAGACGACAACGACAGAACGAAUGCUGUACUACAGCGGUAAAAUCAAACGAAUUGGCGAUGUUGACCACGGUGACACAAUAACGGACUUCCUGCCGCAGGAACGGUCGCGGGGAAUAACCAUUCAGAGCGCCGCCAUCUCAUUCAAUUGGCGGGACAACUACACCGUGAACUUGAUCGACACUCCGGGACAUGCAGACUUCACGUUUGAGGUCAUCCGGUCGCUGCGUGUUCUGGACGGCUGUGUGACGAUCCUCGACGCGGUGGCCGGCGUUGAGGCGCAGACGGAGAAGGUGUGGAAGCAGGCGGCAGAAAUCCCGAAGGUGUGCUUCAUCAACAAGAUGGAUCGAGUCGGUGCAGGCUACAGCAGGGCUGUCAAGGAGCUCAUUGUCAAGCUGAAGACACGGGUGCUGCUUUUGAACACCCCGCUGUUUGCCGCUAGAGAUUCCAGCGCCGACCCGGUUUUCGUGGGGGUGCUGGACGCUGUGAAUGGGCAGCUACUGGAGUGGGACCCGGAGGACCCGGACAAGAUCAGUGCAAAAGCAGUUGACAAGGAGUGCGCCCAUUACGAGGAGCUAGUGAGCGCGCGGGAGGCAUUGGUGGAGACUUUGAGCGAGGUGGACGAAAAACUCGUGGAGUAUUUCCUUGGCGAAGCGGACGGCGACUACAUGAAAGUGCCUGUAGAAGUGCUCAACGAGAGCAUCCGGCGCGCAACACUGUCGCAGUAUGCGGUUCCUGUUCUUUGUGGGGCCUCAUUCAAGAAUAUUGGAGUACAACCCUUGCUAGACGCUGUGGUGGAUUACUUGCCCUCUCCGGCAGAGGCACGACUUCCAGAGUUAAGCAAUAAGGACCUACCGGUACAGCACCAUCUGAAGAACGGUCUGCUUGUCAAUAAGAACGCAAAUCUAUGCCUGGCGUUAGCUUUCAAGGUGACGACAGACCCUAUUCGGGGAGCCAUGGUGUUUAUUAGAGUCUACUCCGGGGUAUUGAACAGUGGACAUACUGUUUAUAACUCCAGUACAGGUGUUAAGUUUAAACUGGGAAAGCUGAUCAAGAUGCACGCUAAUGUGGCAGAGGAUAUCAAGAGUCUUCAUCCCGGUGAUAUCGGUGUGCUUGCGGGUGCCAACGUGGCGGACCACGUUAGAACUGGUGACACCAUUGUCGCGCAUUGUACCUCUAAAGAUGGAAUUCGCUCUUUCAAAAAGGCCGAACUAGCACUUCGGAUACACCCGAUCGAUAUACCACCACCUGUCUUUAGUGCCGCUGUAGAACCGAGAACUCUUGGGAACAAAAAGGCUAUGGAUGAAUCCUUGACGCAGCUAACGAGAGAGGAUCCGUCGCUGGUAAUCGUGAGGGAUGAGGAGACUGGUCAGACAGUGAUGAAUGGGAUGGGGGAAUUGCACCUGGAAAUAGCAGCGGACCGGCUGCUCAAUGAAUUUAAGGCGCCUGUAAGAGUAGGCAAGGUAGCAGUUUCAUACAAGGAAACCAUUAAUACUGCUACAGAGACGAAGCACUCUGAAACAGAUGAUGGAUAUUCGUUCGAACUCGAAGUUCGGCAAUACAAUGAAGAAGAUAAAGUACUAUUCAGUAACGGAUGGUACCCCUUGGGAAGCGAUAAUAACUAUCUUGUCAUAGAUCCAAACCCACGCUUUAACGAAGACAAUUGGCCAUUUCCAUUGAAAUAUGAGGCAUUCGUGAACUCUAUCAUCUCGUGUUGCAUAGUGGCUUUGCAAAGAGGUGGUAAAACCGCAGGCUUUCCUCUACACUCGUGUGUGAUUCAUGUUAAACGCUGGCGGCUACCGCUAGACUGCGCAGCAGCUGCAUCCAUUCUGCUGACUGUGCGUCCUUUAAUCAUAUCAGCACUGACGAGUUUACCAACUUCGGCGUUCUCCAUAUUGGAGCCAAUAAUGAAUGUGGAGGUUACCGUUCAACAACAAGACCUAGGCUCAGUUGUACAAGAUCUGACGGGUGCCCGUAAAGCCAAUAUUCUAUCCAUUGACGACGAGCACCACUGGGCAGAUGCUGCGGUGACAGAUAAGGAUGUUCAUCUAUUCCACGACAUCGCAGAGAAACAGUACCUACCUCCAGAUUCCACCGUUUUCCAGGCAAAAUUAAAUAAAGAGGGACAGACGGGUAAAAUUGUCAAGGCGCAUGUUCCUUUGAAGGAGAUGGUCUCAUACAUGAACAAGCUACGUAUGUUGACUAAAGGAAGAGGUAGUUUCCAUAUGAGUUAUUUGGGCAUGGAACGCGCUAGCAGCGAUAGGGUGGAUGGUAUCCUAGAAGAUGCGGAUUUGUAG